CAAGGCGGCGCAGCUCGCACGCCUCGUCAGAGGUUUCUUCGGGGGGCACACCGGUGACGAAGAGCAGGCCGUGGCGCGUGAGCUGGGUGAUGCCGGCGAGGAGGCCGCGCGGGCUCAGGAGCGAGUCGAAUGGGAUGAAGAGGCCGUCGACGCGGGCGAUGCUGGAGCCGUCCCAUGGGGCCUCUUGCACGUCGCGGUGGAACGCGGAGCGCGAGUCGGGGGAGACGUAGCGGGCGAGAAAGUCGUGUGUGUAUGUGGACUGGUGGCCGUCUGACCAGGUGAUCUGCAGGGUGCCGUCCGAGGCGAGCGAGACGCCGGUGUUAUCGCUAUCAGGGGCAGGUGUGGAGAGGGGGCGGAGGUCAGCGGGGAUAUCGGAGGUGCGAAAGAGCUUCUGGUCGGUAGAAGGAUGGACGCAGGAGGGGCAGCGGCAGGCAUCGCGCAGCCAGCGGUGGGGGAAGGAGGCGUUGUUCAGGGUGGGGAGGGUGACGGCGAUCGAGGUCACCUCUGGGGCUGUGGGCGGGGAUGCAUCGGAGGGAGCGGAGGCCGUCUUGAGCGGACGUCGUGCAGAGAAGACUGCGGGAGAAGGAGAGACGCAUCGUAGGAAAGAAGAUCGGGAUGCGAUGGACACUCGAGGAAAUAUCAGCGACAUUAGAAGGAGGGAGAUGACGUUGUUUGGUAAUCGCCGUUGGGACAAAUAAUGUUCCCUUCCCGUUACCCGACUAUUGCCUCCGACCAUACCAACGUUCCCUUCCCUUGCGCGUCUUUCUCUGUCGUUUUCCUUCUUUCCUUGUUGGAUUCAGAUUGGAAGUAGACAUACCCCAUAGAUGAGUUAUUCUACAUCGAUGUCGGACAUGGAGGGCUCCUUUGUCGUUCUCCAUCGCGAGGGCAGCAUCACAGAACACCAGCAACCAAUCCAGCCCGUCGAUCACAUACCAGAGCCUGCGACACCCAGCCCAGCACACAUUGAGCCACCCCCGGCACCCCAGCCAGCGACCCACCCGUCUCUGCACUCUGGCUUCCCCGGCCAAGGCUCCUACGCCCACGACUGGUCAGACGCAGCCACGGGCGGAGGCAUCCGGCGUCACGGCCGCCACUUUGUGGACGCGUACGGACGCGUCUGCAACCUCCGCGGCGUCAACCUCUCUGGCUCCUCCAAGGCGCCGAUCGACCACGACCACGAGACGUUCCCCACGAACCACCGCACUAUCACGUUCGUCGGUCGCCCCUUCCCGCUCGAGGAAGCCCCAGAGCAUUUUGCGAGGCUGAGGAGAUGGGGACUUACGUUCAUCAGGUUCCUGGUGACCUGGGAAGCAGUCGAACACGAAGGCCCCGGCAUCUACGACACCGCCUACCUCACCUACGUCCGAUCCCUCCUCACCCUCCUGCCCGAGUACGGCCUCUGCGGCUUCGUGUGCCUCCACCAGGACGUCUGGUCGCGCUACUCGGGCGGCUCCGGUGCCCCCGCGUGGACCCUCGAGGCCGUCGGCUUCGACCUGCACACCCUCGAGGACGCCGGCGCCGCGUGGCUGCUGGGCGUCAAGGGCGGCGGGCACAUCGAGGAGGAGCGCGGGAUAUGGCCGUGCGGGUAUCAGAAGCUGGCGGCUGCUACGAUGGCGACGUGUUUCUGGGGUGGAGAUGUGUUUGCGCCGAAGCUCAAGAUACCGAUGCCGGACGGGAGCGAGAAGCCGGUGCAGCGGUUCCUUCAGGACGCGUUUCUGGACAUGUUCGAUGUCGUUGCGGCUGCGCUGAGCGAUCUGCCGGGUGUGAUUGGGUUCGAGCUCAUGAACGAGCCGCACCGGGGAUACAUCGACCUGCCCUCGCUGCACGCGUUCGACUACAACACCGACCUGCACCUCUCCCACGUCCCCUCCGCGUUCCAGUCCUUCCUCCUCGGCGCCGGCCACCCCACCCCCGUCUCCAUCUGGACCCGCUCCUUCCCCAUGCCCACACGCAAAACCUCCUCCGCGAUCCUCAACCCCCACGGCCGCUCCGCAUGGCGCGCCGACGGACCGACGCGCGGGCGCUGCGUGUGGGAGGCGCACGGCGUGUGGGGGUGGGACAAAGUCAAAGACGAGGGCGUUGUGCUGCGGGAGAGCUAUUUCAAGAAGGACCCGAGGACGGGGGAGGGGGUGGAGUGGUAUGAGGGGUUUUAUUAUCCGUUUGUGAGGGUGUGGGCGGAGAGGAUGCGCAGGGCGGGGAUGGUGGGGAGGGGGAAGGUGUUGGUGGCGGAGCCGAUUCCGAAUGAGUUUUGUCCGGCGUCGUGGACGGGUGAGAAUCAGCCGCCGAAUUUUGUGUAUGCGCCGCAUUGGUACGACCUCAACGCGCUCUUUGCCAAGGCGUUUGGCGAUUUUACUGUCAACGUCCAAGGAUUAUCUCGCGGCAUGUUCCUCCCCAAGGCGCUGUACUGGGGCCAGCAAGGCGCGCGGGACAACUUUUCGCUGCAGAUCCGCAACAUCGUCGAGGCGGGGUACAAGGCGCUCGGCGAGGUGCCGUGUCUCAUUGGGGAGUGCGGGAUUCCGAUGGAUAUGAAUCGGAAGGAGGCGUUUAAGUCUGAGAACUGGCAUUGGCAGUACCGGAUGAUGGACGCAAUGAUGACUGCGCUUGAGGGCGCGUUGGUUGGGUUUACCCUCUGGAACUACAACCCAGACAACGACGACACGCGGGGCGACGACUGGAACGGGGAGAACUUCUCGUGGUUCUCGCGGCGGCGCGCGCUCCCGCGCUCGCUGCUCGACCUCGAGCAGACGUCGUUCACGCUCGACAACGGCGGGCGCAUUCUCCCCGCCGUCGUGCGCCCGUACGCGGCCAAGACCGCGGGUGUGCCGCUCCGGUUCAGCUACGAGAUGAACGAAGGCGCGUUUGCGUAUGCGUGGGCUGUGCCUGCGCAGGUGGAUGACGAUGGCGAUGGCGCUGGCGAGUCGUCGGAUGCGCCGGCAGCGGGAAAGAACGGGAGCGUGGGCACGCCCCCGCUCGACGGACACCCGCCGAUCAAGGCGUGGCAGACGGAGAUAUACGUCCCCGCGCAGCUCACGCACGGCCGCGCGCUGCGCGUCGAGGGGCUCCGCGAGGCCGAGGGCGACCGCUGGACGCACGACGAGGCGCGGCAGACGCUGUUCAUCGUGCCCGGUGCGGCGCGGCGGUGCGCGGGCGCGCGGAUGGAGGUGCGGGUGCGGGUGCAUCCGCCGAUUAGGCCGACGUUUGCGGUGAAUGGGUUUUGGAGCGAUUUUGGGGAGAUGAUUUGGAGUGGGUGUGUUGUGUUUGUGGGGGUGUUUUUGUUUUUUAAGUUUAAGGUGUUUGCGUGA